AUGGCACAAAGGUCUAACCCUUUAUCAUGCAUAAUAGAUGAAAAUAGGCUCACAGGACCUAACUUCUCUGAUUGGCUUAGGAAUUUGAGAAUUGUUCUCAAUAUUGACCGUAUAGGAUAUGUUCUUGAUUCUAAAAUUCCUGGUCCAUUACCAACAGGGGCCACAGAAGAAGAGCAUGACAUUUUGAGAAAGUGGCAUGAAGAUGACAUGCAAGUCAAGUGCUACAUGCUUGCUUCAAUGACUAAUCAGUUACAGAAGCAACAUGAGAAAAUGCAAACUUCUCCUAAAAUACUGAAUCACCUUCAAGAGUUGUUUAGUGAAAAUAAUAGGAUGGCUAGAUAUCAGAUAUCUAAACAACUAUUCAAGAUGAAGAUGCAUGAAGGCCAGGAUCUGGAGGCAUUAGAUUUUUCCAUGGACUUUUCUCUCCAGAUGGAUCUGAUUCUUCAAUCCUUGCCAGAGUCUUUUGGAAGUUUUAUUACAAACUUCCAUAUGAUAAAACAACAAUGCACUUUGGCUGGUCUUCUUAAUAUUCUUGUGAUUGCUCAAGGCAAUAUGCUAGGCAAGAAGGGCAAAGAGGUGGCACUUGUUGCUUCUUUUUCAUCUGGUAAGACCAAGAAGAAGAACAACAACAAGAAGAAGCCAUCUUCCUCCCUUGGUCCUUCUGGUAAAGUAUGCAAAAAGUGCCAACCAAAGAAGAAGAAGGCAGAAGUAGCUCCUGUAGACAAGGGAAAGUAUUCUGGUAUUGCUUAUCAUACUAGUUCUGCUUGGGUCAUUGAUACUGGUUCUAAUUCACAUAUAAUUUCUGAUGUGUAA